AUGAGGAUUCCUGAAGCGCUGCGAGUCUUUAUCAUUCGUUAUUACCCCGGGCGCAAUAUUGCGAUUGAAGAGUAUGGACUAGCGAGUACGGGUGGGCAGGCCGGGAGCUCUGACAAACCGUUCAACGACCACGGCCACUACGAGCCAGGUGACAAGCACGCGGUAAAAAUGCUCGCACAAGAGGCCAGCAAUGAUGUGGAAAUGGGCGGUGGAACCUUAAAACUAUUCCGUGCCACCCCCGAUCUCCUCCAAGACAGAACCCUAGAACAGAAUGUCCUCGACACCGCCACCUCCCGCGCCCUCAGAUCAAAAUUCACCAGGAGGUUCUCCGAGAACCCCUCUUCCGUCGCACCACAAGAGAAGUGGAAAACGGUUAAGCCAGCGAGGCGGAUAGGCCGGGAAAGGAGAAAGUCAAGAACAUUGCUGUUCUUGACUUAUGUUCCAUGGGUUUAUAAAUUAUGGAGUCUGCGUUGUUUAUCUAUCUCAAUACCGAGGUUGACAUACGCCCAGGGCUGUGAGCGCUGGAGUAACGACAAGAGCAGUUCCCCGGAGGCUAUCAAGGCAGCAAAAGAAGCGGAAGUGGCAGUAGUAGUCGCUGGAACCUGGAGUCGUGACCACCAAGAGCGCUGCGGUCAACACGGCAGUAGUCUUCUCCAGCGGCAAGCCCAUAACCGAACCCUAGACAGGCACCUCCGCUGCCGCGCUGACAAGGCAAUCCUACCCAAGCGAGGAGGGCGGCAACGCCCUCACGAAUGUGCUCUCCUGGAAAUACAACCCCUCCGGCAAGCUCUCCAUCUCCUUCCCUCCCGCGGGACGUGGGCACCUACCUCGCCGCCGUACUGCGACUACCUCAAGGGCAGUAGGUUUAACCCCCUAGGGCAAGUUGCACGAGAACGGAACGAUGAUCUUCGGACACCAGUACGUGCUCUUGUCGCUGCUACCGCUGUAACUCUUCGGUUACGGCAAGAGUUACACCACUUUCCAGUUCUCGGAUGUUACUAUAGACAAGGUCAACAGCUGAAUAUUAGGAAUAACUCUACCCGCUAUGGGACGGAGGUCGUGCAGUUGUACGUCACUGAUAAAAUCGCUUCGGUCGUCACGCCGAACAAGGAGCUCAAGGGCUUCCUCAAGGUCUUCCUACACGCCGGGGAGGGGAAGAUAGUGCGCAUUCCCGUUGACGUCUCCGAAUUGGGCGUUUGGAAUACGGAGAACUGGUAUGUUGUUGAAAAAGGGGAGUUUGUCAUUGUGGUUGGGGACUCGGCGGAGGGUAUUAAAUCGCGGUCUCCGUUUUGGGUGAUCUGA